UACCCACAAGCUGGCAGGAGGAGCUGUGCAUCAACUCUCGAGCUCUCCUCAUUCUGUGGCUAUUGACCUGGCUUGGAGAAGUCUGCGCUAGCUCUCUCUCUCUCUGCUCCUCUCAAGGAUCCUGUCUCUCAGGGCAAGGAUAAUUGACCAAGGCAACAGCAACAGGACAAGCAAAAGAAAACAUACAAACACACAAAGGAAGAAGGAACGUGAAAAGAAACACCGGCAUUGAAGAUUUCACACGAAGCGAGGUUUUCCUGCAAGGUGUAUGGUACAUUCCACAUUCCGAACAAUUGCACUGAAUUGUACAAGCUAAACCAUGACCACUCUGCUUUUAGUGUUUGUGUGCUUGCGAGUCAUCACAGCGGCUAUUUCAGUCGAAGUUUCUGAUGACACAAAGGCCCUGAGUGUGAAGAUUGCCGUGCAGUCACCAGUGAAGGCUGUUCUUGCGAGUUCUGUGAAUAUCCCCUGCUACUUCAUCGACUCCACAUCAUUCUCACCGGACACUCCCUUGGCAACUUUGCUGGCCCCAAGAAUCAAAUGGACAAAAAUCAGUGAAGAUGGGAAAGAGACAGUCAUAGUGGUUGCCACCUCUGGAAAAGUUAAGAUCAGCCAAGAGUACCAAGGUCGAGUCAAGCUUCCAAGUUACCAUGAAAUUCCAAAUGACGCCACCUUGGAGUUGGAUAAACUACAAUCGAGUGAUUCUGGAAUGUACCGGUGUGAAGUGACGCAUGGUAUUGAGGACAGCCAAGACGUUAUACAGUUGGUUGUUAAAGGUAUUGUCUUCCAUUAUCGUGCAAUCACCAGCAGAUACACCCUCAACUUCUACAAAGCCCAGCAGGCUUGUGUUGACAACACUGCCAUCAUCGCAACACCAGAACAACUGCAGGCAGCUUACGAUGAUGGAUUUGAUCAGUGUGAUGCUGGAUGGUUGGCUGAUCAAACCGUAAGGUAUCCAAUUCAUAAACCUCGAGUAGGAUGCUAUGGUAACUUGGAUGAAUAUCCAGGUGUCAGAUCAUAUGGUGUCAGAGAUACAAAUGAAACCUAUGAUGUUUAUUGCUUCGCAACAGAACUGCAAGGUAAUGUGUUCUAUAUAACUACCACUGGGAGGUAUGCCUUUAAGGAAGCCAUGGAAGCUUGCCUCGACAAAGGUGCCCAGUUAGCCACCACAGGACAAUUAUACAUGGCAUGGAAAGAUGGCAUGGAUCAGUGCAAUACUGGUUGGCUUGCUGAUGGCAGUGUCAGGUACCCUAUCACAAAGCGAAGACCCAACUGUGGUGGCAACCUACUCGGCGUAAGAACUGUGUACCGGUACGCCAACCAAACUGGAUACCCUGAUCCAAGCACCCGCCAUGAUGCCUAUUGCUUCAGUGGAAAGGUUGAUAUUGAAGCAAUAACAGAAACUCCACUUAUCUAUCCAGCAACAGAGCCAGAAGAAUUAUUUACAGAUGAAGGAAGUGCCUUUACCAUUCAAACUAUUACUGAAAGGGUCGAGAAAUUCUUCACACAACCAAUUGUAGACAAAGAAGCAAUAGGAGAUAUUAUUACGCUUAGUCCCUUUACUCCAGAGACUCUUCCAUUCACUGAGGAAGUAACUGAGGUGACCAGAGUUCCUGAGAUGCUCACUCCAGGGACCGGCAGCAUUCCACCUUCUGAGGAACCUGUUCCGUCUGUUAGCGAGGGAAUUACUGUUGCUGAAAUUACACACCUACCUGAAAACCUAACAAUUAGCGAAGAUUUAACCACUCCUGAAAUUGUAUUAGCAGUAACUGAGGUGGUCACCCUUUCAGAAGUCACCGUUUCUGAGGUAGCAACUGCUGAGGUGUCUACACCUGCUGAAGAGCUGACAGCAACUGCAAGACUUGAAGAAGUCACAGUGACUCCGGGGGAGAGUCUAGCCACUAUUGAGGAGGUUGUUGCUGUGGCAACAGCAGCUCCAGCAGUCCUUGCAACCGUGCCUGAGGAGCUAACAACUCUUCCAGAAGAGACUGGCACCCCAGUCACUGAGCUCAUCACCCAAACAUUAAUGAUCGAGGAAGGGAGUGCAACAUUAGAACCAAUAUUUCCUAUCAGCCCAGUUUCUACAACCGGGGUUGUUUUCCAUUACCGUGCUAUUUCAAGCAGGUACUCUCUGAACUUCACCCAGGCCCAAAUUGCCUGCUUGGAAAAUAAUGCUGUCAUCGCCUCACCUGAGCAGCUUCAAGCAGCCUAUAAACAGGGAUACAACCAGUGUGAUGCAGGCUGGCUCUCUGACCAGACUGUCAGGUACCCUAUGGUGAACCCCAGAGAACGCUGUUUUGGUGACAAAGAUGGCUUCCCUGGUGUAAGAAGCUAUGGUGUCCGCAAGCCUGAGGAAACCUAUGACGUUUACUGCUACAUUGACUGUCUAAAUGGGAAGGUAUUCCACGCAACUGUGGCCGACAAGUUUACCUAUGAUGAGGCAGUUGAUUAUUGCCUAAGUCACAAUGCUAAGAUAGCCACUACUGGCCAAUUGUAUGCAGCCUGGAAGCAGGGUAUGGACAAGUGUCGAGCAGGCUGGUUAUCAGAUGGCAGUGUUAGAUACCCUAUCCAAAGUCCCAGACCAUCCUGUGGCAGUGGACGAGCUGGAGUGAGAACAGUGUACAUGAACGUGGAUCAAACUGGGUACCCUGAUCCUGAAUCACGCUAUGAUGUUUAUUGCUUUAGAGAGGCGAUUGUUCCUGUGGUUACUGAAGAGCCAAAGAUUGAGAAACUGACCGUACCUGUGAUCCUACUGGACAGGGUUUCAGAAACUCCUGAAGUUAAGGUAGAAACAACAGUGAGACCAGAAGAAGCUGAAGAAGGCAGGACUGAGACCUUUGUUGUGGACACUACAGGGCAGCCCACUAUAACAUUUGGUUUGACUGAGGAGACUAUAGUGACCCAAGUGGUGCCAAAGGUGGCAGUAUUGCCAACUGAAUGGGCUACAAUAUCCCUGAUGUCUGAGCCUACCACUGAAGCCAUCACAGAUACGUAUCUCACAACUGAAGAGGCUGAGAAAUUCCUUGAAACAGUUACACCCACAGCAGAGCCUGAGUUUACUGAAGUAACGCCUCUACCAGAUAUUGAGAUAAGUGGAGAACCGUCCGGAGUCCCUUCUGGGGAACCUUUUAUCAGUGGAGAACCUUCCGGAGAACCUCUUGUUAGUGGAGAACCUUCCGGAGAACCCUUUGUUAGUGGAGAACCUUCUGGAGAACCUCUCAUUAGUGGAGAACCUUCUGGAGAACCUUUUAUCAGUGGAGAACCUUCCGGAGAACCUCUCAUUAGUGGAGAACCUUCUGGAGAACCCUUUGUUAGUGGAGAAUCUUCUGGAGAACCUCUCAUUAGUGGAGAACCUUCUGGAGAACCUCUCAUUAGUGGAGAACCAUCUGGAGAACCUUUUGUUAGUGGAGAACCUUCUGGAGAACCUCUCAUUAGUGGAGAACCUUCUGGAGAACCCUUUGUUAGUGGAGAACCUUCUGGAGAACCUUUUGUUAGUGGAGAACCUUCCGGAGAACCUUUCAUCAGUGGAGAACCUUCCGGAGAACCCUUUGUUAGUGGAGAACCUUCUGGAGAACCCUUUGUUAGUGGAGAACCUUCUGGAGAACCUCUCAUUAGUGGAGAACCUUCUGGAGUACCUUUUGUUAGUGGAGAACCUUCUGGAGAACCCUUUGUUAGUGGAGAACCUUCUGGAGAACCCUUUGUUAGUGGAGAACCUUCUGGAAUACCAGACAUUAGUGGAGAACCUUCUGGAGAACCUUUUGUUAGUGGAGAACCUUCUGGAGAACCUCUCAUUAGUGGAGAACCUUCUGGAGAACCCUUUGUUAGUGGAGAACCUUCCAGAAUACCAGACAUUAGUGGAUUACCAUCUGGAACAUCAGAGAUCAGUGGCGAACCAUCUGAAAUACAGGUAAUCCUAAUCCCUCCAGAAGAUAAAGAAUAUCCAACAAUUCCAUCUAUAUUUGUAGAAGCAGGGGAAGGACCCAUUGAAGAACAAAUUUCAGGGAUUCCAGUUUCAAGUGGGGAUUUGGAUGCCAAUGGCAAACUAUAUGACAUUAGUGGCCAACCUUCUGGAGUUCCUGAUGGUAGCGGGGAACCUUCUGGAAUUCCCCAAAUUGUUAUUGCAUCUUCCAGAAUUAUUGACGUAAGUAAGGAACCUUCUGGCAUUCCUGAAGGUAGUGGAGAACCAUCGGGAGUUCCAGAAGUCACUGGAGGACCUUCAGGAGUUGAUGAAGUUAGCGGAGAUCUUUCAGGAGUGCAUCAAAUUAGCAAAGAACCAUCUGUUGUUCCUGACAUCAGUGGUGAACUUCCUGUCAUGCUUCUACCUCUAAUUCCUAACAUUUCUGGAGAUGGUUCACUACCUGAUGUGGUAGUGAGCACUGGUCCAACAGACCUUGAACUAACCUGGGUGAAAAGAAAGAUUCCAAAUGAAGCUGGAGGUGAAGGGGAUAAGGUUUCUUCAGUGUCCGUAGACAGUGCGACAUCCAGCGUCACAGAAAUGUCAGUUGGGUCCGAGACUGUAGGGGUGCUAAAGGUUACUCCUGCUACUCCAAUAACACUUUCAACUGUUCCACCUCAAAUCUCGCCAGAAGUUGUGACAAUUGUGGCUGAGCCGGUGAUAGCAGAAGUUGUACCUGUUCUAUGUCAAGACAACCUCUGUGGUAAGGGAACAUGUGUACUGAGAGAAGGCAGCUUUGUUUGUGAAUGCCCGCCUGGAUUCGCAGGACAACAUUGUGAAAUUGACAUUGACGAGUGCCACUCGAGCCCUUGUCUGAAUGGAGCUACCUGUAUCGAUGGCAUCGACUCUUUCAAAUGCUUGUGCCUACCCAGCUAUGGAGGGGACCUCUGUGAAGUUGAUGUGGAAAAGUGCGAAGUUGGUUGGGUUAAGUUCCAGGGUCACUGCUACAAGCACUUUGUGGACCGGCAGACAUGGGAAGCUGCAGAACACCAGUGCAGGAAACACAAAGCUCACCUGGCCAGCAUUGUCACCCCAGAGGAACAAGAGUUUGUUAACAAUCAUGCCCAGGAUUAUCAGUGGAUUGGACUGAAUGACAAGACAAUAGAAGGUGACUUCCAUUGGUCUGAUGACAGUCCACUGUUGUACGAGAAUUGGCGACCCAAUCAACCAGACAGCUUCUUCAACACUGGCGAAGAUUGUGUUGUCAUGAUAUGGCACGAAAACGGCCAAUGGAAUGAUGUCCCAUGUAACUACCACCUGCCUUACACAUGCAAGAAGGGGACAGUUGCUUGUGGUCAGCCACCAAUAGUAGAACACGCCAAAACCUUUGGGAAAAAGAGAGAACGUUUUGAAAUUAACUCCUUGGUGCGUUACCAGUGUAAACACGGCUACUUACAGCGCCAUUUUCCCAACAUCAAAUGUAAGCCAGAUGGGCAGUGGGAGCAGCCAAGAAUAAUGUGCAUAGACACUGCCACAUAUAACCGCAGGCCUCAGACGAGAGUUGACACAAGUAGGCCGCAUCCUGAAUCGAGUGCUUCAUACAGCUCUGACCCUUAAAUGAAAGUAAAAGGAUAUAAUUCUAUUCCAGAACAUUUAUAUUAAGAAUUAUUUUAUCAGCCAAAAGAGUUGUUUUCCCAGCCAAUAUAUAAAGCACCAAAGCAGCCCUAGAUCCAAGGUCCUUUUUUUCCCUCGAUUUGAAGUCAAGCAUUAUCACUUAGGAUGAACUCUUCGGGCCAUCACCAUGCCUUUGGGAGAAGACCCGAAGAUUUUAUUUUCAGACAACUAAACUUCGUAAGGAAUAUUAGAUCAAUUUAGUAUCGGAAAAUAUGCAGCAGCAUUAAAACAAUUUUGGAAUCAAUAAUGCAAAACAGAAUUAUUCACAAAUACAAUACAUGCACAGAUUCUUUUACAACUGAGGGAGAAAGUAAAACAAUGUUUCCUUUCUGUGAACAUAAAAGCAACAAAAUAAUAGUCCUGAUGCUAUAUAUUCAACUGGCACCAUGCAGUGCAUGGUUUAUUGGAUGUCUUUUAUUUGUUGAGGUGUAUAGUAGAAAUUGGAGUGCUAACCCAUUCAUAAUGCAGCAGCCACCUCCCAGGCUUCUGUUGCAUGACAAUCCUGAGUUGUUUAACUGUUGAACUUGAAAACAAGUGAAAAAAAGGAUUAGAUUUUUUUUCCCAAAAAGAAAUGUGUGUGGAGGGAAAAAUUACUUUGACAAAAUAUCUCCUUGAAAAUUUAAAAUAAAGUACAAACUGUUAGGUUUUAUCCUGAGUAAAAGAAAAACAGUAAGGUCUUUAAGAAUAUUUCAGAUAAUUGAGUGUGUGUUGUGAGUGUAUGUGUGUACAUGAGUGUGUGUUCGAUUUAAUGAAACUGUGAAUGGUUGAGAGAUAAAACUGUGUGCACAGGUAGCAGAAAAGUUACAAGAAAGGAAGCUUUGCUUUUGUUAAAUUUUAGUUAAAUAUACAGCGAGGACUGGAAAAUGUCAACAUAUUUUAAAAUUUAUGGAAACCAAUGAUACACGUGACAUUCUUUUUCUACAUCAAACAAUGUAAUUUACUUAAGAAUUUUAAACUCACAGAGAAUUUCUUUUGUUUUAAAGGGAAAUAUCCUCUAUUUGCAGCUGUGAAACUGUGGGUUUCCCUGUUUUAUUUUAAAAGUUUAAUCUUUCCUUUAAUGUUCAGAACAUUUAUUGCAUUUUUUGUGCAGUGAGACAUUUCCCUUUUAGUUGUUUCAUCCGUUUUUGAAUCCCAACCCCAUUUAAUGGGAUAAAUGUCUCAUUGCCCUAGCCAGCUUCAGAUGUCUGGAAUAAAAUGUAUUUGGUAAGAAGCCCUAAUCCAGUCCCUGUCACGACGAACCCAGCAAUGCCAGAACGGGCUAUAAUUUUCUACCAGCAAGAGGUUAUGAGAUAGCUGCUGUGAGAAUCAGACUAAUGCAAUCAGAAACUCAACUCCGAGCUAAAGUGACCAUGCUGGGGCAGUGUAGAAGUAACAGGCUGGUUUAUAUACCUGAUGGGUGAGUGCUUGAUACUGGCACAGAAUGCCUCAAAUCAAAAAGACAGGAUUGCAAAUCAUAACACUGAUGUUCAUUUUUCUAAUCAUUACAUAAAGAUACAAAAUAAGUGGACCUUAAUAUAAGUACAUGGCCUACAGUGAAAGCAUAGCUUCCUUCACACAGUAAACUCUAUACCAAUCUGAAGCAGUUUAACCAUAACUAAUCUUUUGCUUACAAGAUUGAUGAUACAUCUGCAUUGUCAGUGCAAAGUGGUUUAGCUUCAGACCAGCACAAAAUGAAGAGUUAAAGAGAGUGUUUCCCCACCCAAAGGGUCUCACUGCAGUGAAACUGGACUUUUACCCCAGAUGUAUAUACAACUUCCUUGCAUUGUUGUAGAUUGUAAGCCCUUUGUAUUGACAGCCAACUUGUAAUGUAGUCUACCAAGUCAUUGGCAAGAAAUAUAUCUUGCUUCAUAAUGCAGUAGGACCUCAAGAUGACUUUGGUGUUUGGAAGCCCCAUAAUGCUGUGAGCAGUUGCUGGAUCAACUUGUCACACAGCAGGAAUUCUCUCCUCCCUGGUACAGACAAGCCCGAACUAAAAUUUGAUACAAAAUGAAGGACAGUGAAGAGACUGUUGGCUCAUCACUGCUCAUUUCUGACAAAGUUAAUGACUUGAGGAGGGGAGAGCAAGAAAUAACAUGGAGAAGACUGAAAAAUAAAACAGUACAUUAUUACAAUCGCAGGGUGAUGCACACUUAUUGCUCUGUAGUUUUGCUUUCCAGGUUAUUUUUAAGACUAACGCAUCUCUGCAUUGGCACCUCAUGUUGUAAAGAAUAACAUUAUCCAAAUCCCUUUCCAUCCCUGAUAAUUGCCUACAGCUUUUAGUCGCCUAUCUAUCACUAAUAUGAGUGAUGCUGAGAUUCUGCUUCAGUCUCAAUUCAGCUGCAACUUGUGAAGUCUCAGACAUCACCUCAAACACUGGAGAAAAAAAACAAUGAAACCAUCACAGAGAUGUAGUCGAGUCUAUUCUGCUGAUUAUUGAAACUGGUACCACAUUCCUCAGGCCUCAUUAGGAAUGCUAAUUUGCAGCAUAUCUGACUCCUUGUUCAGGCUGUCAUCAGGCUCUCCUCCCUGACCUAUCACCUUCAUCCCCUCCCCCACUCAUCCAUUGUACUCUAUGCUACUUUCUCCCUACCCC